CGGGCGGCGGCCGCGCCCCUACAAAGCGGCUCCGCCAGCGCCGGGCCAGCGGCGGCACCGGGCAUGGACGGGGCCGGGCUGGGCGCCACCGCCUGCGCCGCGGCCGCGGGGCUGCUGCUCUACCGCAUCGCGCGGAGGAAGAAGCCCACGCACGUGACGGUGAACUGCUGGUUCUGCAACCAGGACACGGUGGUGCCCUACGGGAACCGCAACUGCUGGGACUGCCCCAACUGCGAGCAGUACAACGGCUUCCAGGAGAAUGGAGACUACAACAAGCCCAUCCCUGCCCAGUACAUGGAACACCUUAACCACGUUGUGUCAGGCAGUCCAACUUUCUGUGACCCCACCAAACCACAGCAGUGGGUGAGCAGCCAAAUUCUGCUCUGCAAGAAAUGCAACAACCAUCAAACCAUGAAAAUCAAACAGCUGGCUUCAUUCUCACCAAGGGAGGAGGGCAAGUACGAUGAGGAGAUUGAGGUGUACAAGCACCACCUGGAGCAGACCUACAAGCUGUGCCGCCCGUGCCAGGCUGCUGUGGAGUAUUACAUAAAGCACCAGAACCGGCAGCUGCGGGCGCUGCUGCUCAGCCACCACUUCAGGCGCCGGGAGACGGACAAGAGCUACACCCAGAAUCUGUGUUCAUCCUCCUCUUCCACUUCCAUCACCACGCCAGCUCAGGUGAUACUUCUGCGGUUCCUGGCUUUCCUCAGCUGUGCGUUCCUGGUUCUGAUGGCCUGGUACGGGUCAGGCGACCCCUUCUCCCUCAGCACGGCUGUCCCUGCUGCUGUCCCCUCUGGCCCCGCGCCCGUGCGGAACAGGACCCGCGGUGACGGUGACGGUGGCGGUGGCAGCUCGGGGCGCGGCUGGCCGGAGCUGCUCCGCCUGCUCCCAGAGCGCCUGCUGGAGAGCCUGAGCGCGGCGUGGGCCUACGGCAAGAAUCACCAGAUGGCAGUGGCCGUGCUGGGGCUCUUCACCUGCCUGCUGGCCAUGUUCCUGGCGGGGCGCAUCAGGCUCCGGCGAAUCGAUGCCUUUGCCUCGGUGCUGUGGUUCGGAGUGAUGAGCCUGCAUUUGGCCGAGCGCUACCUGAAGACGGAGACGCCCAGCUGGCUGGACACGGCCAAGUUUGGCACCACGUCCCUGUGCUGCCUGGUGGGCUUCACCGCAGCCGUGGCCACGCGGAAGUCAACGGGCCAGCGGAGAUUCCGGCCCCGAAGGUUCCUCUCUGGGGACUCCAUGACUGUCUUUCCCAGCAGCCCUGGCACAGCCUUCCCUUCACCUGCCUCAUCUCUGUUUGUCCCAACACCACCCAGUAUCCUCCACCUGACAAACCAGCAGCUCUUCAGGUCCCCACGCAGAACUGCCUCAUCCUCUCUUCCCGGCCGUCUCAACAGGGCGCUGUCGCUGGGCACCAUCCCCUCGCUGGCCCGGGCAGAUUCUGGCUACUUGUUCAGUGGAAGCCGGCCGGCCUCACAGUCAUCCCAGUCCAAGGAAUUCCCAACUUCAGAUCCCUUCUGGCUGCCGGCGGGCAGCCGUGCCCCGUCCCGCCUGCCGUCCCCAGCGCCAUCAGUGGCCGGCUCGGUCACCUCCAGCUCGGGCUCGCUGCGCGUCCGCCGGCCGCUCAUCAGCCCCGCGCGCCUCAACCUGCAGGGCCAGAAGCUGCUGCUGUUCCCGGCGCAGAGCGAGGCCCUGCUGAGCCCGGGCGGCUCCGAGGAGCAAACCCACUCCGACAGCAACGCCUCUGCCCCCGAGCUGCCUGGCUGCCCCGGCAAGAGCCUCGGCGUGCCCGAUAUGAGAUCUGCUGUGGAAGGGGGGAGUAUUUGGAGUGAUAAUUCCAUCAAAAAGGAGGAUCACUCAUCACACUCAUCUACCUGUGUGGUAGACACAACUACCAAAGGGGAUGAUUUGGGAGGCUGGAGAGGUCGCUUUGGUACCUCUGCUCUCCGGGGCCUGCUGGCCGUGAGCCUGACCCUCAACGCUGUCUUCACAUCAGCCUACGUCUACAGGAGCCUGCGCUGACUUGUGCCAACACUCCCUUUCUCUCUGGUUCCACCUGGUCCUGAGGAGACACCAACAACUCAACCAUGGCUUCAUGGCCAAGGCCACGCCACCGGUGCAUGCUGUUCAUCAAAAAACUGCUGUACACUCAACUGGCAGGAGAAGGAACCUGGGCAGCUGCUGCCAUCACUUCCAGGUAGAACAUAUCCCAGGACUGUUCCUGGAGAUGGCAGGCAGAAUUCCCAGCUCCAGCUCAAAGCAGGAGGCCAGUCCAAUGGCCCACACGCUUUCUUUCAAAAGAACUGACCUGAGACACCUGAAAAUGUGUGAGCUGCAUUUUUAGGAACCUACCCCCAGCUCUUCUUUUUGACAUACUGACCUCGUGCUGAUGGUGCUGGUAAAAUGGGGAGAAUUAGAACAAAUGAGCUGAAGAAGAGGGAUGGCUUAGUAGCUGGUGCUGGGCUUUGGCUACUGUGACAGCAUCCCCAGGCUCUGCUCCAUGGUUCCUCUUCUCUCUUCUCUCUGGCAUUCUCCUCUAAAUUGUCAGUGAACUUUCUUUAGUUGCCUUAAGCUUGCCUAAGCACAUGGGUGACCUUGGCUGCUCUGUCAUGUUCUUGCAUCUUAGAUGUCCUUGUGCUUCCGGCUGGACCUGGCCCUGAGGCUGCUCUCACCAGUUCCAUUCUGGCCAUGCUGGUUCUCAGCCCGCAGUGUGUGCCUGUGUCCAGCCCUCUCUGUGGCUGCAGGGCUGCACAGCCCCCAGACAGACACCUGUGCUGGCUGCAGCAGAACCUGGGAGCCCAAGCUUUGCUUUGCCCAGGAGGCAUGAACUGUGUUACUCUGAAGUGGGUAAAAAGAAAGGAUCCUGGUGUGAUUUGCACCACAGUCAAAGGGCUUCAGCUCACAGCUCUGCUGGAGUUCUCACUGAAGCAGUGAGUGGCAGAGCCUGUUCUUGCUGUAAAUCGCACAAAUCUGUUCUGUUAGAGAUGGGUGAGGAGCUGUCUGAUUGUAUACAUCUAUCCAGAAACCUGACACCUCCAUCUGACGUUGGGGUUUGCUAAGUAACUGUUUAAGAUAUUUCUUACUAGUAAAAUGCCCAGGUGCUCUCAGUGAGAAAUGCCAAACCUGCUUCUGGACAAUUCAGCCUUCUGGAUAGAUUCUUCUUUUCUAGCCCGAGGAAAGUAGUAGAUUUUCAAAAGCAGUUUGUAGUUUGGUUAUUUCUGCUUUUGGGUAAGUCUUCAGCAUUGCUUAGAAUUCAGGGGCCAUUUAGAAUAUUGUGCUGAACACUCAGAGUCAUUUAGUGCAUCUUAGGGAAAAAAAAAGAAAUCUUGAUGUUUUGGUUCUCAAAAACCAAGUGCAGAGAGAAGAUUCACCAAUGUGUCAAAAAUACCUGGUGAGAAGAGAGUUGACUUGCAUUAGCUGUGUAUUUCCUGAAGCAGGACUCAAAUGUACUAAGAGGUUUUCUGUUGUCUCUUCCUUUGGGCUCCUUUACCUCAAAUUUCACUGCCCUGCCCCACUGCCCUGUGUUUGCAUCCUGAAUUGGUGAUUUCCAUCCUCAGUUGGUGAUUGGUGUUUUUCCCUCCCUUUCAGUUGGCUGCUGUUCCUCUCUUGUGUUCUUGCAUGUGCACAGAACAAAGUGUAUCUGCUGCUGAGCAUGGAGCCACACCUCGCAGUGAUGAUCACUUUGGUUUUUUUGUUGCACGUUUUAGUUGAGUUCCUGCCCAGCCUCACUUAGACCAUGGGAGCCCUGGCCAGGCUCUGAUCAGCUGCAUGUGACAGCGUCAUGGGGCUUUGCUGCUGAUUCAAGCACUGAAAAACUGAGUGUCUCUGUGUUUUCCAAGCCCCCCUGCAUGGUUUGAGCUGCCCACACUCGUGCUGAGCCAGGGGCUGAGGAAAGGUCCCUGCUGGCUGCAUCUCCCUCAGCCUCCUCGGAGAGCUGUGAGGGAACGCACAGCCAGCACCUCCUGGACCAAGGCCCAGAGCCAGGAGAGACCUGAGCAGAAAGAUGUGCUGCAGACUGAUGGAUUCUAUUGUAACUUGCAUGAAUUGUCCCUUGUAGCCAAACCCAUAACCUCGUUGUAAAGAUUUUUGUCCCUUUUAUAGACUUUGCACGCUCACCCGAGCAUGUGUACAGGCAGGAUGAUGGCAGAGCAGCUGCCAAGCUUCUCUUUAAGCCUCUGCUCUCUGGGUUUCAUGAUGUUCUGGUGCGGUGUGUGACAUCCCAUUCAUGCAUCCUUGUCCCACCUGGAGGCCUCCUACACAGAGAGACGAGCUGCCAGAAAAUGCCGUGGCUUUGCUUGUCUCCAUCACCCAGAUGUGCACUGUGACUCCAUGUAUGCAAACCUCCCACUUUCACCUGCCAGCCUGCGCUGAGUUUCACCACCACACUCGACCAGAUUGCAAUGCCAACCUUCUCCUCCUCUCCAGCAAGCCAGGAGCUGCAGCAUCUCCACACGCCUCUUCCCACCCGGUUCCAGAACGAGAACACUAACCCGUCACUGCACUUCUGGGGCUGCUCACUCAGACUGUUCUCGGAAGGGGGUUUGGUGACCUUGUCCAAAGCAAUAGAGAGACUUUGGGGUUUAUUACUGAAUUGGGAAGUUUUUCAUUCUGGUGCUAGAACUCUCUCCCGUGGUGCUCUCACGGUUGUGAAGCCUUUGCUUGAGGAACACACGAGCGUGUGUGUGUGUAUGUGUGUGUGUGUGUGCAGAUGUACAAAAACAUUUGCAAGGUUUCUUCAUUUCAGAAGACCUGAGCCCAUGUUUGUCUGUAUAUUGUUGGCCUUAAUCUAGCUCGUAGAUACUGUGUCUAUCUUGCUGCUCUUUUCUGUACAAAGCUGGUUUGGAGGAAGCAGAAGUUUAUCUGGUCCCCCUGUAAAAAUAUCUGUGACUGAUGAUGUUGAUCUUCAUACAGUGUUGUUCAGAAGGGAGAUUUUAUUUUUCUAAUACUUUUCCUACUGUAAAAACUGUUGGAGUGUAUGGAGUGGGAAAGAUCUUUACAAAAUGGCCUGAUAAAGAUCUGAACAUGACUUAAUAAUACCAACAAUUAAUGAUGAGGUCAAAUGAGCUUUAUUUCCAGACCUUUUCCAUUUCCUACUUUCCAUUGAAAAUGUCCAGGUACUUUUUCUUUGGCUAUGGGCUUGUUAGGCAUGUUCUGAGACUUUGCAGAUACUUUAGAGGAUUUUGCUGUUCUGAAUUAGAAAGAUUUUGUAUUUUGGAAUCUGGUUCCAGUUCCACAGUCUGGGGAGUUAGGCAGAUGUGACAAAUAUUGUGCACAUAUCUAUUUGAUGGGAUAGAGGGAGUGGGCAGAACAAGUUGCUGGUUUCUGAAGUUCAUCAUACCUUUUUACAUAAAAUCUUAGACAUUAAAUUGGUCACUGGGCAGAAAAAAAACAACUCAUUGCUGGCAUAUGUAGGCCAGAUUCACUGAAUUUUAGCCUAUUUGUUCAAGCAACAGAUUAGGCCUGUGAAUGUUUGAUUCCCACUCCCUGUUCCUGGGUGCUGGGAACAUCUGUAAAUCCCUGCUGAACUGGCUGGGUUCCUUGUAAGAGGGCAGCUGGACUGAAGGGCUUCUUUGCCUGUGGAUGCUGCUAUAUUUUUCUUCCAAGCACCAUUCCUGGGAAUAACAAUGGUCUUAACUUCUCUCACAGACAUUUGUUAAAAGGCUAGAAUGGGCCUAUUUGGCCCAUACUUUUUUUUUUUUUUUUUAAAUAUAUGUUGCAUCCAGAAAUUACCAUCACUGUGUUCUGGGCUGGGAGUAAGGUACAGAGUAUUUUUUGACUGAAUGGGUAACUAGAGAGGGUGAGGAGGACAACUUCAAGUCCUAAACCUUAUUUCCUGUGAAUGAAAGACUGUAUGUUAUGUGUGUGUACUUUGGGGAGCUGUAUCACUGUACAGUUUAGCUAAACAUGCUCCAAGGAAGGAGAAGCUGUUCCUCGGAGGUUUUUAGUUCAUGCUUUGUGUUUAAAGAGGAAUAUUUUUCUUUAAAAAAUAAAACCGGAUAAGUUUUCA